AAACAAACAGCGAACGAGCGCAGCAAAAUUAAAUUAUUAUUAUUUUUAGUGUUUCGUAAAAUUUGGUGGAUAUUUCCGGGCUUUAUCGAACCCUAGAGGCGCUAAAUGAUGGACCAGGCCCUGUCGGAUUGCUUCACCUGCAUGCGAAAGACGGACAACUUCCUGCGCAUCUGCGACGAAACGAACACCGAGAGCGUCGAUCAGAUCCUGGCCAGGCACUUCUGGUUCGAGAGAGUCGAGUUCGAACAGUCGGUGUUGUGCACCAGCUGCUGGGAGAAGAUCGACGAGUUCCACAAAUUCUACUGCGAAGUGGCCAAUGUCCACCAGGUGGAUGCCCUGCAUGUGGUCAAAGUCGAGGAUGGUGAUGAGAAUCUAAACAAAGAAUUUGCGCCAAAGAAGAAACGCGGUCGUAAACGCCGGAAGCGAUCCGAUGAAGAAGAGAAGGCGGACGAGGACAAAGAGUGGAAGCCUUCGACCGAUGAGUUGGAAUUCCCGGUGCCGGUGCAGGUGAAGCUUGAAGUUACGGAGUCGGAGGUGGUGCCGGGUGGAGUUUACGUGGAGGAACAUCGGCAGAUAAAGCGAGAGCGGUCGGCCGGAUCGGAGGAAGAGGAUGAAAGCGACGAGGAAGAGGAGGAGGAAGAGGAAUCGGAUGAGGAUUCGUCGAAGUCGAUCGCUUCCCGACGUAGACAGGGGCGGAAGCCAGUCCGAAAGGGUCGUCGAACUACCAAGAGGCACAAGGAUGCCUACAUCCUGCAGCACCUGGAUCGGUUGGUGUGCGACAAGUGCAGCGAGGAGUUCGACACAUUCCGGAAGUUGGAGAAGCACUGUCAGAAGGAGCACGAUUCGGCUCCCACGGUGAUUUGCUGCAAUCGAGCGUACCAGAAGAAGAAUGGACUGUAUCAGCAUUUGUGUCGGCACAAGAAUCUGUUCAAGUACCAUUGCAAGGAAUGUGAUAGGUGCUUCAAAAACGUGGACGGUCUAAACAUGCACAAUCUCCUCAAUCACACACCAGAAGAAGAGAAACACUUCCGGUGCCACCUGUGCGACACGGCCUUUGCCACCGAAUCGCUACUAACUAGUCACCUCAACUGGCACGCCACCGUGGAACCGAAGAACAUCGUUUGCCUCAAGUGCAACAAGUACUUUACCAACACCAAAAUGCUAGAGAAUCACACGCUGACGCACCAUCCGGAACUGCUCGAUCCGGAUGGUGCCCAUCAAGCGGAUGCGGAGGCCGUUUGCUAUAUUCAGCAAACGAUGACGGCGGAGGAAACGCCAGGCGAGGGCGUGGAUGAGCUGGUGACCGAUGGUGGAGUAACAACGGAUGGGUCGUUCAAAAAACCGCAGGAACUGGCAAAGCCAAUUCGCCGUAAAACCACCGAAGAAUCGGUGGUGGAGGACGAGCUGAUCCGGAAGUAUUGCUCGCUCGGCUGCGAGUUGUGCGACUUUGUCGGAGCCACUUUCAGCAAAUUGCAGGUGCACUACAAGAACGCCCACGACGGAGCGCAGGGCUUUGCCGUGUGCUGCACGCGGAAGUUCAGCAAAAAGAGCCGCCUGUACGAGCACGUGUGUGUCCACGAGAAUCCGGACCACUUCAAGUGCCAGGUGUGCGCCAAAACGUUCCAGAACAGUUUCGGCCUGUCCAAUCACAUGAUGUGGAAGCACACGCCCGACUCGGAGAAACCGUUCCGGUGCGACGUGUGCGGCAGUCGGUUCUGGAAGGACUACCUGCUCAAACAGCACAUGGAGUACCAUCUGGCGCUGGAGGAGAAGAAGUACGCCUGCAAGGAGUGCGAUCGGUUCUUCGGAACCAGCCUGCUGCUCAAAUCUCACGAGCAAACGGUGCACGGUCUCAGUGCAAGCUGGGUGUGCGACAUCUGUGCCAAGGGGUUCCCGCUGAAAUCGGCACUGGAGUUCCACCGGCAGCAGCACACCCAGGAAGGUCGGGCCGCCCAGAAGGCGCAAUGCAAGUACUGCAAUCUGUGGAUGAAGAACGUGCGUAGCUUGCGGAGUCAUCUGAAGCGCUGCAAGUCCGAUCCGGUCAAUUGCGAUAUCUGCGGCAAGGAGUGCUCGAAUGCGUUCUCGCUGCAGAGCCACAAGAAGUUUGUCCACUCGAACGCUCCGAUGUACGCGUGCUCGUUCUGUGCAAAACCGUUCAAACGGCUGCUUCGAUUGAAGGAACACGAAGCAGGCCAUACGGGAGAUUUGCUGUACAAGUGCGAGUACUGUCCCCGAACGUGUAACUCCAGUUCCAACAUGUACACUCACAAGAAGGUGGCUCAUCCGGAGCAGUGGGCGGAAAAGGUGGCCAGUCGCUUUCACAAGCGGUAAAGAGGCGGAGGCGAAUCUUCGUUUUUAUAGCAGGUAAGUCGAAUGAAGUCAUGUGUGACACGUGUAGAUAGUUUAUUAAAGGAUCUGCUAUUGAA